UGCAGUUUUGCAAGCUGCUAACUGGAUUACACACGCCAUCGACUCAUCCAACUGGACAGUGGGUUCCACAAGAUGACGUAAGCUCCAUGCUUAUAUGAUGAGCCCCCGGGAACUGAAACUUGGCCAGCGUGUUGAGGUAACGGGUAAAAAUCUUCAGGGUAAGGUUGCCUAUGUGGGACGCACUAAUUUCGCCGCCGGACUCUGGUACGGCGUGGUUUUGGACGAGCCGCUGGGCAAAAACAACGGAAGCAUCGAUGGCAGCAUUUACUUCAAGUGCCCCACCAACUGUGGACUCUUCGUGCGCGCCCAGCAGCUGGUGAGGAUUGCCGAGUUGCCGAAGGGAGUGGACAAUCGAAAAACCGAUGAAAUGCAACGCGACGGGGCCAGAACAAAACUCUCGAGGCGGAGUGGCGGGGGAAGGUCCGUGGAUGAGCAGGACAACCCAAGGGAGCAGGUGGCCAGCACAUCUGGCAAGGCGAAGGCGACUCCUUCUACUCCGUCGCCACAGCACAGGAGCAGGAACAGCCAAUCCCCGAGGGAGCAGACAUUAGCCAAGACCUCCGGCAAGUUUUUGGCGGCCCAACAGCAGCCAUUACAGCUUCCAAAGAAUCCAAUUGUGGCUGACGGCAAUGCAAGAAAUUUGAAAGCGGACGAAGUCAAGGAUGUAAACAUGUCUCCCAGAAAGACAUCGGAUGCGGAGCGACCAAAAGAGCUUCCCAAGGAGGAACCCAAGGACUUAGCCCAGCAAACAAAGAAGGAAAAUGAGCCAGCAAAGCAGGUGGAAGAGACCCAAAGGAGCGAGGCAGUCAAUCCAAAACCGGAGGCGCCUGCUAAUCCGCUCCAAACAAGCAUACUCGGGGAAUUGCCGGCACAGAGGCCCAGUGCUCAGUUGAUACCGCCAAAUAUGACCUGUAACCAGAGGCGAUCCACAUCGUACACCCAGCUGAGACCGACAAGGAUCAGCCAGCCGAAGCCGACCACAGCACAGGCCCAGAGCUCCACGGCCCAACUCACUUUGGCCAUGCCGGUGCCCCUGGCGUUGGCCCCCAAACGCAGCAAGACCAGCAUGAGUCCCACGAGCUCGGUGAAACGAGCUGCACCAGCAGCCUUCGUGGAGCCGCGCUUCCUGGAGAUCCUGCGACCUCAGUUCACCCCAGGACCAGCUCUGAGGACUCCUAGUUCGGUGGCUCCGCCCUUGGACAAUCCCGAACUGCGACAACUGCGGGAGGAACUUCAGCUGCUGAGGGGACAAAAGAGCGAGGACAAGCUGAAGCUUCUGGAGCUGGAGAGGAUGCGGAUACACAACGAGCAGCUGAUGGAGUUCAAGUCGCAGAUCAUGACGCAGCAGGUGCUGCUCCAGAGGGAGCUGCAGAGAUCUCGCCACGAACUGAGGGAAGCCCAGGACGCUUCAACCAAAUUCAAGAGGGAGUUGGACGAGAUAGCCGAGAGCAUAGAACUGCUCACUCUGGACAAGGAAAUGGCGGAGGAGCGGAUGGAGACCCUGCAAAUGGAGCUGGAAAUCGCCCAGGAGAGAAACGACGAACUGACCCUGGAUGUGGAGAUCCUGAAGGCGGAGCAGGAGGAGCAGCAGGGUCAGCGGAUCGAGAAGAGUGAGAAGCACACCGGUGUGGGGGUCACUACCCAAUCCCCCGGCGAGUUCCUUCGCCUGGAGCAGUACAACCAACGCCUCCGCGAGACAGUGGUUCGUCUGAGGGACACGCUCGCCCAGGAGAAGCAGAUCGGCCAACGAACGCACAAGGAACUCGAGACCAAGCACUCGGAGAUCAACGAGCUGAAGAGCAUCAAGGAGUUGCUCAGCCGGCGGGUGGACAACAUGGAGGUGCAGCUCAUGGACCUGAAAGAGCAGGUGGACGCUUCUCUCGGAGCAGAAGCCAUGGUCACCCAACUGGCUUCCCUGAAACUAGAGCUCGAAGACCGAGUCAAGCUACUGGAGGAUGAAGUCAACGAACUGGAGGCUCUGGAACAGAUCCAGGAGCAGCUCAUAGAGAGCAACCAGGAGCUGGAAACCGAUCUGCGCGAGGAGAUCGACAAGCUGGGCAGCCAAGUGAAGAUCUUGGAGCAGCAGAAGAACGCCGCCAUGGAGAGUCUCUACGACCGCGAUGUGACCAUCAUGAAGUUCCGGGAUUUGGUGAGACAACUCCAGGAGCAGCUGCAAGUGCGGGCCGACGGCACCUUGUCCAUCGAGGACUUCAGCAGCGCCAACGAAUCGCAGCAGGAGGAGGGCUCCAACCAGAGCCAGACUGACUACCAGCACAUCUUCAGUGUAAGCAAGGCCUACGGAAGGGCUCUGGAGCAGCAGAUCAAGACGGUGGAACUGAGGCUGCAGCGCCAGCACCUGGAGCACGUCCUGGCCUUCGUGCCCGAACAGUUCCUUCUGCGCGGAGGGGAGCACGACGUGGUGCUGGUCAUGCUCCUCCUCGAGAGGAUGAACGAGAAGCUGACCAUCGUGUGCCAGGCCAUCAACGAGAAGUUCCCCACGGCCUGCGAGUUCGGUCGCGAUGCCAUCUUCGAGGGCUACUCCGUGCAGCGCUACAUCUUCAGGUCGCAGUGCCUCUACCUUCUGAAGAGUCUCCAGUUGGUUCUCCAGCAGUUCCGCCACGGGCUCAACCACUGCGACUACGAGUUGUGCACCCAUGCGGCCAUCUAUCGAAGUGAUCUGGAGGCCCAGGAGCAGCAGCUCGACGAGUUCGUGCGGCUGCUGAAGACCGGGCAACUGGAUGAGCACACGAACUGCGAGCCCAUUCAGCGGGUGCUCCACUACGUGAGUGGACUGCACCAGAACCUGAUGCCGCCCCAAGCCCUCGUGGAGCUCCUGGACGAACAGCAGCUGUACGAGGCUCUGAUCGAGGUCUACGAGGCGGGCUUGGAUGCAGUCAACGCAAACGCGGGCCUGAUGCACACCAUCAUUCAACUGGGCCACGAGCAGACGGCCUCCUUCAGUUGCAUGCAACUGCUGAUGGAGCAGAGCUGCGCCCACAAGCAGAAGCUGAAGAAGCUCCAGAGGAAGCUGGGUGGCAGCAAGACGGCCUCCUGGACGGGAAUGCAGUGUGCCAGGUACCAGAGAAUCCUGGAGGCCAACGAGGCGCUGGGAGCCCUCAUCCGACUGCUGGGUUCCACUGCCCGAGAGGCCAGCAAGGACUCCAAUGGCGGAAUCGCCCACGAGAAGUUGUGGCGGAUGCUGGUGCUGAACUACAACAAGUUCGCGCCGAGCCAGGAGGUGGAGGAGCCCAGGGAGGUGGACGCCUACAGCCAGCGGUGCAUGCAACUCCUGGAGGAGCAGUUGGACGAGCUCUUCACGCUGCUGGAGUCCACGGACGUGAACACGGAGUAUGUGCGCCAUCCCACCAGCAACACGCUGCAGGAACGGGCUGUCCAGGUGAAACGGCACUACGAGGACGUGAAGAACCUCGAGCUGACUGUCGCCGAGCGGGACAAGGAGAUCAAGAGCCUCAAGUACAUGGCCAAGAUGAAGCAGCAGGACUUCUCGGAACUGCAGGUUCGCAAGGAGAUGGCCGAGAAGCAGCUGAGCAAGCAGUGCCACGUUCUGGCCGGGUUCGCAGAGGCCGUAGAGCAGCUGGAGCAAUCGAUCCUGGCCAAGGAGGCGGCCCUCGGACAGGCGCUGAACAUACUCGCGGACAAGAUAUCCAUCCUGGAGCAGGCCCAGCAGCACUGGCAGGAGCAGCAAAAGGCGGACAGCGCCUGUGUGAGCAGCAGCACGAAGAGUUCCAACCGGGAGAUGAACAUGCUCCUCCAGGCCCUCCGGCAGGAGCGAUCCCUGCGCGUCAAGCUGCAGGGCGGCGAGAUGAGGAGGACGCUGGCCGCACUGGAGCCACUGCACGUUCCCCGAACCGAAAGCCAGGAGCUGGCCGACCUGGAGAAGGACCUCCGCUCGCUGAAGAACCAGUGGCUGCUCGCCCAUCUGGAAAUGGGCACCGCUGGCACUCAGCGCCGCUCGGAGAUCGAGCUGCAGGGCAGCCGCAUCCUGCGACAUAUCUUCCAGACAUAUUGCACUCAGCAUCCGCAUCGGGCCAAGAACACCGACUUCGGCCUCUUCAUUACCGAGGAUCUACGGCGAGCAUUCGAGCAAAACUUCUAGUUAUACGACUUAGCGUUCCAAGUGUAUUUCGGUCAUAACAAAGGUAUAUGUGAUUCGCAGCUUAUAUAACUUGAAUAUACACAACAAAAUAAUUAUUUGUACCAAACUAGAUAUUACAUACGUACAUAUAUACGAUAUAUAUGUAAAACUGUACAAUUAUAUAGUUCAUUUCGUGUUUAUCGGGCAAUAAACAAAUUUACAUUACUUAGACAAAUUAAAGGAAA